GGUGAUCUUGUUCUUGCUUGCUUGUUUGCUUGCGCCAGCCCGCAAACUCUCCCUUUCUCAAUUCGCUCACUUGUUUUCCCUCAAAGUAGCAAUCUUUGCUAAAACUGAUUCCAAUAUCGUCUCUUCAAUCUAUGACUGUCAUGACUCCUGCCCCAAUUCCUCAAGAAGAUGAAGAGAUGCUGGUUCCACAUUCAGAUUUGGUAGAAGGACCCCAGCCUAUGGAAAUUGUAGCAGAAGUGGAUGCUAGUAAUGCUCCAGAUAACCAGCCAGUUGAAGAUCCCGAGACAUCUAGGUUCACAUGGUCAAUCGAAAAUUUCUCUAGGUUGAAUGCAAAGAAGCUCUACUCUGAAAUCUUCAAUGUUGGUGGACAUAAAUGGAGAAUUCUUAUUUUCCCAAAGGGAAACAAUGUAGAUCACAUGUCUAUGUAUCUCGAUGUUGCAGAUGCAGCUACUUUACCAUAUGGGUGGAGUAGACAUGCACAAUUCAGUUUAGCGGUGGUUAAUCAAAUACAUAACAAGUACUCCGUGAGGAAAGAUACUCAACAUCAGUUCAAUGCACGAGAGAGCGAUUGGGGUUUCACGUCUUUUAUGCCUCUUAGUGAACUGUAUGAUCCUGGAAGAGGUUAUCUUGUGAACGAUACUUGUGUUAUUGAUGCUGAGGUAGUAGUGCGCCGUGUUGUUGAUUAUUGGGCGUAUGACUCAAAGAAAGAAACUGGAUUUGUUGGACUUAAGAACCAAGGGGCAACUUGUUAUAUGAAUUCUCUUCUCCAAACUUUAUAUCACAUUCCUUAUUUUAGGAAGGCUGUGUAUCACAUGCCUACAACUGAGAAUGACACUCCAUCUGCAAGCAUACCUUUGGCCCUCCAGAGUUUAUUCUACAAGCUCCAAUACACUGAUAGCAGUGUAGCAACAAAAGAGUUGACAAAGUCCUUUGGAUGGGAUACUUAUGAUUCUUUUAUGCAGCACGAUGUGCAAGAACUUAAUAGAGUUUUGUGUGAGAAACUUGAGGAUAAAAUGAAGGGAACUGUAGUGGAGGGUACUAUACAGAAGUUGUUUGAAGGGCAUCACAUGAAUUACAUAGAAUGCUUCAACGUGGAUUACAAAUCUACCAGAAAGGAGUCAUUCUAUGAUCUUCAGCUUGACGUGAAAGGUUGCCGAGAUGUCUAUGCGUCUUUUGACAAGUAUGUUGAGGUUGAACGUCUGGAAGGUGAUAAUAAGUAUCAAGCAGAGCAACACGGUUUGCAGGAUGCUAAAAAAGGUGUGUUAUUCACUGAUUUCCCACCUGUCCUUCAACUUCAAUUGAAGCGGUAUGAAUAUGAUUUCAUGCGUGAUACAAUGGUGAAGAUUAAUGACCGCUACGAGUUUCCGCUUCAACUUGAUCUUGACCGAGAAAAUGGUAGAUACUUAUCUCCCGAAGCUGACAAGAGUGUUCGAAAUCUCUAUACGCUCCACAGUGUACUAGUUCAUAGUGGUGGGGUGCACGGUGGACACUAUUAUGCCUACAUAAGGCCAACACUCUCUGAUCAGUGGUUCAAAUUUGAUGAUGAGCGAGUUAGCAAAGAAGAUAUAAAAAGAGCUUUAGAAGAGCAAUAUGGUGGUGAAGAGGAGUUGCCACAGACGAAUCCCGGGUUUAAUAACGCACCCUUUAAAUUCACUAAAUACUCAAACGCCUACAUGCUUGUGUAUAUACGUGAAAGUGACAAGGAAAAAAUAAUUUGUAAUGUGGAUGAGAAGGACAUUGCAGAGCAUCUUAGGGUAAGGUUGAAGAAAGAACAAGAAGAAAAAGAAAUAAAGAAAAAGGAAAAAGCAGAAGCUCAUCUUUAUACGAUUAUAAAGGUGGCACGAGAUGGGGAUCUUCUAAACCAGAUUGGGAGAGAUAUUUACUUUGAUCUUGUAGAUCAUGAUAAAGUUAGAAAUUUCCGUGUACAGAAGCAAAUGCCUUUUAACCUCUUCAAGGAGGAAGUUGCGAAGGAGUUUGGUGUACCAGUGAUACUCCAGCGUUUUUGGUUGUGGGCAAAGCGUCAAAAUCAUACAUACCGCCCUAAUCGACCAUUGACACCCUUGGAGGAAACUCAAACAGUUGGGCAGCUGCGGGAAGUGUCAAAUAAAGUUCAUAAUGCAGAAUUAAAGUUGUUUCUUGAAAUUGAGAUAGGACUGGAUAUGUGCCCUGUUAGUUAUCCUGAGAAGACAAAAGAUGAUAUUUUGCUUUUCUUCAAGCUUUAUGAUCCCGAGAAGGAAGAGCUACGCUAUAUUGGAAGGUUGUUUGUGAAGGCCAUGGGUAAACCAAUUGAAAUCUGUACAAAGCUGAAUGAAAUGGCUGGAUAUGCACCCAAUGAGGAAAUAGAACUUUAUGAGGAAAUAAAGUUUGAGCCACAUGUCAUGUGUGAGCCUAUUGACAGGAAAUCUGCGUUUAGAUCUAGCCAGCUUGAAGAUGGGGACAUUAUUUGUUUCCAAAAAUCUAUUUCAGAACGCAGUGAACAACUUCGCUAUCCGGAUGUACCUUCAUUUUUGGAGUACGUGCACAAUCGCCAGGUGGUUCAUUUUCGAGGACUGGAAAAGCCCAAGGAAGAUGAUUUUUGUUUAGAGCUGUCAAAGCUUCACACUUAUGAUGAUGUAGUGGAAAGAUUAGCCUCUCAGCUUGGUUUGGAUGAUCCAUCCAAGAUCAGACUGACAGCUCAUAAUUGUUACUCUCAGCAACCCAAACCGCAACAUAUCAAAUACCGUGGUGUGGAUCAUUUGUCAGACAUGUUGUUGCACUACAAUCAGACAUCUGAUAUUUUGUAUUAUGAAGUACUGGACAUACCUUUGCCUGAAUUACAAGGUCUGAAGACGCUGAAAGUAGCUUUUCAUCACUCAAAGAAAGAUGAAGUGUCUGUCCACAUUAUUAGACUCCCUAAGCAGAGUACCGUAGGUGAUGUUAUUAAUGAACUAAAGACAAAGGUUGAGUUAUCCCAUCCAAAUGCAGAAAUCAGGUUGCUUGAAGUGUUUUACCAUAAGAUCUACAAGAUUUUCCCACCCAAUGAAAUGAUUGAGAAUAUUAAUGACCAGUACUGGACCUUGCGAGCGGAAGAGAUUCCUGAAGAGGAGAAAAAUCUUGGUCCUCAUGAUCGCUUGAUACAUGUAUAUCAUUUCACCCAUGACUCUGCUCAAAAUCAAACGGUUCAGAACUUUGGAGAACCAUUUUUCUUGGUCAUUCAUGAAGGUGAGACUUUGGCUGAGGUCAAACUAAGAGUACAGAAGAAAUUGCAGGUUCCUGAUGAGGAGUAUGCAAAGUGGAAAUUUGCAUUUUUGGCACUAGGCCGACCUGAAUACUUGCAAGACAUGGAUGUUGUUUCUAAUAGGUUUCAGAAAAGAGAUGUUUAUGGUGCAUGGGAACAGUAUCUGGGAGUGGAACAUACAGAUUAUGCUCCAAGGAGACCAUAUUCAGCAAAUCAGAAUCGACACCAGUAUGAGAAACCAGUGAAGAUUUACAACUAGAGUAAGUGUACAGGAAUUUGUGCAUCAUAUUUGGUGGAAUGGAUAGAACUAUUUAUAAAAGCAUUUGUUUACUACAAAUGGUAAGAUGUUCUAAAAGCGACAAGAAGAAAGUUCUACUGUUGAUAUGGCAUGUGCAGGUUCUCUAGAUGGUUUCGUUCUUCUAUAGUAUUUUCCCCUUUAUGUUGAUUUUUGGUAACUGCAGCUUAUAACAUUAAUUCCAACUAGCCCAUCGGCUUCAGCUGCUUCUUUUUUUUGUCGCCCAUGGGGGUAACUGGUUUCCUAGCUUUUGGUGCUUUUUUUUAUUUCUUUUCUUGUGUGCAGCCUAAAUUGUACUUAGAGACAGGUACAUAGAAAAGAAUUUUUGGAGACUAGACAAAAUAUGUAUACAUGGUAUAGUUUGCUAUUUUAAUGUUUGGUUCUAAUUAAAACCAUUAGGUCAAAGGCAAUCACUUUUCUUCUGA